AUGUCUGCUGGCAUAGCGGAGCAAAAAGAUGCGAUGAGACGGGUUCCCAAACCUCUCAUGGAGAAACGACGGAGAGACCGAAUUAACCACAGUUUGGAAACUUUGAGGCUUCUGCUACUGGAGAGCACAUGUAAUGAGAAACUGAAGAAUCCCAAAGUGGAAAAGGCUGAAAUCUUGGAGAGUGUUGUCAAUUUCCUGAGGGCUGAGCAGCGAUCAAGAUCUCACCCUUAUCCAACAAACAGAGGGAAAAGAGGACGCGUGGAGUAUGAGGAUGAGGUGGCCUCUCCUUGCAAGCGUAGCCAGAGCUACCAAGAUGGUAUGAGAACCUGUCUACUGAGGGUGAGCCAUUUCAUUGCAAGCAAGAACCAAGAGUCAGAGGAAGAUCUGGAGAACAUGUGUGGAACCUUGCAGCAGAACAUAGAGGACCAGAGUCAUCCAGUGUCUGCAAGCCAGCUUCACCAUGGAAGCCUGAUGCACCUUACACAUGAAAGCAGUUCCACACUAGGGCAGCAGUCACUUACUCAUGUGGACUCAGCCAUGGGUCAACCCCAGCUUUCUCCAAGAACUGUCAUUUAUGAGCCCACAUUGAAGAUGGCACCCAACUCCAAACAGCCUUUGAUGGUCAGCGAUACUGUGUGGAGGCCUUGGCCACAGUAG